AUGUCUUCCCAAAGCGAUGACGAGGCUGUCAUUAUUGACCGCGACGAUGUUAGCAACUACAAUCCCGAACAGAUCUUGCCAGAGUCACCUGAGGUCAUUCAAAAGCUCAGAGCCUGGCUCAAGCCCACUUCGUACGACCUCGAAAGCAGCGAGUACCGCAAACACCUUGGUUCGCACGCCCCAGGUACCGGCGACUGGCUGACGACCAGUCAUUCCUACAACGAUUGGCUGCAGAGCGGAGACACCGGACUGCUCUGGAUCAAGGGGAUUCCAGGAUCAGGGAAAUCGGUGUUGGCGGCAAGCAUCAUCAAGGAGAUAUCAGCCAACGAUCAAGGAAGUCCAGUACUGUACUUCUUCUUCCGGCAAAUUAUCGACGCAAAUCAUGAACCGGUUGCACUUCUCAGAGAUUGGCUGGAUCAAGUCUUGGUGUACAGCCCGCCUCUCCAAAAGAAGUUGAAAGGCUACGCCGUAAAAGAGGGAUAUGGCGACAAAACUCGAGCACUUGCCACCAUGUCGAUGCAAGACUUGUGGGAGGAUCUUCGACUCGCGCUUUCUGGACUCCCCGGCAGGGUAUAUUGUGUCGCGGACGCUCUCGAUGAAAUGGACAGCGGCAAUGAUGCCUUCCUGCAAGCUUUAGCUGAGCUUGGGAGCUGGAAUCCUCCAAAGGUCAAAGUACUGAUUACGAGCCGCCCAGUCCCUGCUGUCGAGGGUCCUUUGCGACACGCAAAGUGUACCCAGAUUCGUCUCCAAGAGAACAAGGUCGAUGCCGACAUUUCGACCUUUGUACGCUGGGGAUUGGAGAAUACGAAUAUCUGCCAUGAUGAUCAACAACUGAUCCAAGAGGCCAUCCCUGGCCGGGCGAAUGGUCUCUUCCUAUAUGCUAAGCUGGCCAUGGACGCUUUCCUAGAGCCGGGGGCCAAUAUCAAGGCAGUUCUCGACUCUUUGCCAGCCGACAUGAACCAGAUGUACACCGACUUGCUCCACGAACACUCCCGCAGAUCUGGAGUCCCUGACGCUAUCCAACGUCUGAUUCUGCAGUGGGUAACCCAUGCGACACGCCCGCUCAGACUCCUCGAGAUAGCCGAGAUGAUAAAUGUGACAUACAACAACGACACCGAUCGAGACAUGAGGUCAACCAAGGACCUUGUCAGGGCUGCAUGCGGCCCGCUCUUGGAGAUCCUGCCCGACGAGACCGUCUGUGUCAUUCACCACUCCUUCACAGAGUACCUAAAGGGCACGACCAGAUCGCCUGAAGAUGGUGGCUACCCCGUGCUUCUUUUUGGGGAGACACACGCUAGUCUAGGCUCUGCAUGCCUGGUUUACUUGCUGUCCGGUGUCUUUGACGAAGUUAAAGAAGCACAAGACACCAAAGACAUCAAACUGAAGUUCAAAUAUCCUUUCUUAGCUUACGCACUGAACAACUGGCAUGUCCAUGUUGCUAGAUCGACAGCCGCAGGCCACGAUCAGACCGACGUCAACCUGGUGCUGGAAAAGCUGAUGCGCGAUCCAGACUCCAUAGAGACCUGGACCAAACUUCAGUGGUUCACCAUAGGCAAUGCUGACUCUGGGAUAACACCGCUGCACGUCGCAGGGAUGCAUGGGCUCACUGCAUACGCAAGACACCUGCUCUUGUCUCCCGUGGUCAACGUAGAUGCAGUGGAUGUUCACGGAAAGACCCCCUUGUGGUGGGCUGCCUCAAGCGGGAUGGCCGACAUGGUUCAGGUCUUGAUAGAUGCUGGCGCGAAUCCCGACCAGGAAGAGACUAACGGCGGCCGCAAGCCUUUACAUGAGGCCGCCUCGAAAAACCAUCAUGGGGUUAUCAAAGUCCUCUUGGGCGCCGGAGUGGACCCAUUGACGAGGAAGACUAAGGAGCAUCCAGGAAAUUGGUGCGGAAACGCACCGCGUUCAACUGGACAUACGCCUCUGAUGUAUGCUUGUCAAAACGGGCAUCUCGAGGCCCUGGAGGCAUUUCUGCCUUUCCUCAAGGAUGACGAAUCUGUUCAUAAAGCCCUGGCCUGGUCUGCUGGAGCGGGCCGACACGAUCUAGUCCAACGGAUCCUCCAGCACCCCGGGGUCGACAUCAACCGCAAGGUCCAUGGCGGGACACCCCUGUUCAUGGCAAGCCGGUGGUCACACAUGAAGACCAUGAGGCUUCUGCUGAAUGAGGGGGCCGAUCCUACGAUACGGUGCGAGUUUUAUGACGAAUUUGCUGGGGCAGGGGCCAUGCUGCCAUUCCGUUUCAAUGACGACGACGACGACGGCCAAUCCAGGGUCGUUGGCCUUACAGCAUUAUAUUCCGCACUCGAAGGUUUCCAGGGAAGAAGGGCCCCGAAAGCCGAGCCAGAAGAGCUAAAGAGCCUGCUAGAGUUGUUCGUCGACAAAGGGGCCGAUAUCCAUGACCGGUCGCCUUCCGGAAAUUCUCUUCUGCACUUAACGACUAGUAACCCCGUUUGGUUCAGGAUUCUGCUCGACGCAGGUGUUGAUGUCAAUGUCGCCAAUAACGAUGGUUGCACUGCUCUUCAUAAGGACGUGUCGGUUGAAUGCUUGUCUAUACUGGUGGAAACUGGCAUGGCGGACAUUAACAAAAGGGCAACUUCCGAUGGAAAAACUCCACUUCUUCUCUCGCUUGAUGGCUAUCACGAGGAAACGACCCUCAAGCUCAUCGAAUACGGAGCCGACUGUACCAUUGUCGACAAGGACGGCAACGGGCCCCUGCACAUCUUGUUGCAAUCGCACAACUCAAAGCCGGAUGUCAUUGAAGCGCUCCUAAGCGCUGGUGCAGACCUGAAUCUGAGGAACAAAUCCGGACAAACGCCCCUUGACGUCAUGUUCUCGCGAGAUUCAGCAGUAUUUGAUUCGAUAAACGUCAUGAUCCAAGCAGGUGCCGAUAUAAACACGAGGGACAACAAGAAUGGCGCCACACUCCUCUUCCGCACGAUCUCCGGGCGUGACUUCAGACCAGAAGAAGACUACCGAGAGGCUAUCACGAGCCUCUUGGAACGCGGGGCUCUGUUGGAAUCUCGAGAUUAUGAGGGAAGAACCUUGCUUCACGAGGUAAUCAAGUCACAGAAAGGGCCACAGGCCUCUUUCUGUCAACAAGAGCCUGGUCCUUCCCGCUUCGAUUUCCUUGUGAGUCUGGGCCUGGAUAUUCAUGAUAUAGAUUACCAGGGCAACACUUUGCUGCACGAGUUAUGCUGGCGGAUCAACACCGACUCCUAUACCAAAGACACUCUCGCCAUAUUGGAGAUGCUCCUCAGCUUGGGCGUUGAUGUCAAUCGACCCAACAACCGUGGUCGAAUGCCGCUUCAUAGGCUUUGCAUUAAGGCUGAGGGUAGUCGCGGCGACAAGGACGAGUCUCAUCUUGACCUGGUUAUUUCCUGUACGAAAGACAUCAACGUUCGGGACAAGGACGGCAUUGCCCCGUUGCAUCUAGCUGUCACUGUGUCGGAGUAUCUCACCAAGAAGCUGCUCGAAGCUGGUGCCGACCCCACGAUUGAGACGUUCGAAGGGUUGACGCCGCUUCACCUCGCCGCUAGAUCUCGAAAAGGCAAUAUCGUUGGCAUGCUUCUCGACGCUCUUCAUAGACUAGACUCAGAUCAGCCACCUAGCAGCCUGAUGACCCAGGGAGCCUGGCUCAAAAGAACGAGCAGCAGCGCAAUUACCGGAGUCAACGCUGAAGCCAACGGAACCACACCACUCUACUAUGCUUGUCUCUCAGGACGACCAGAGAUAGUCUCCAUGCUCUUCAACGCCGGAGCAGACGUCAAGGGGAGGAAUUUACGAUCCGCAAUCACUGGAUUCGAGGGCGAACUCGAACUCUGGCGCAGGAAGACCCCUCAUGAAGCGGAGAAUGGAGCUUGUGGCGGCCUUACAAAGGAAGACCUCACGCGCCCGUAUAUGGGGGGCGGCUGCAACGGCAGGUACCAUGCCGAUCCCACAGACGACACUGCAAGGCUCGAGGAAAUUAUUGAAAUGGUCUUGGACCAUGGCGGUGAUCUGACCGAUGGAAUUUCUUUCGCAAUGCGUUCUGAAGGAUAUGGGUCAAUAACCGACACAACAUCCGACUGUCGGGACUAUGCGCUGAAGUGCCUGUCUGAUGCAAGCAAGAAGCGACCAUUGAAAAGUUCGGAACCUCCGUUGCGAUUUGGGCCGAGAGCGCCGGCUUUCGACGAGAAGCUGAUCCCUCACCGACGUCAAGACCUGCGCAAGGCACUCAGUGAGCCGGGAGUCAUUGAGCCAGGGAGAGCAAAUGAAAACUUGUUCAUCACGCGACUCAGACGUCGCGAGUACGAUGUGGUGGAAGAUUUAGCCAAUCUGGGCGUUGACUUCCUUGCCCCUCACAUGAACCAAGGGCUUACCAACUUGGGAACCCUCGUGAAAGGAGGCUUUACUUCUCUGGUCAAGCGGAUUGGUUUGCUCGUGGCUCAGGAACAAGUCGACAAGGGCAUUUGGCCUACUCCAGGCGAUGGAGCCCAGCCUGUGUUCGGCCACAAUAGGACUUGGACCCAUGACGUAUCCAACUACAACGGCAACGAUUAUCGCCAGUCAUUCUUACUACAAGCAGUCCACCAGGAGAUGCCCAUGUUGGACAUGGUCCGUCUUCUUGUAGAGGACUUCGUCGUUGACAUUGAUGAGCUGCACGGAGAAUACAAGCAGGUUGACGGUGGAUACGAACUCGAUUCGCCGAAAGAUAGUGCUCUUCACUCGCUCGCCAAAGGAUACCACUGGUGGCACGUCGCCCAAGCUCUGCCGUACCUGAUCAGCAAGGGCGCAAAUCUCGAGGUCAAGAACUCGGGAGGCCAGACACCACUGCAUAUAGCCUUGGGCGCGGAACGUGGCCUCGGACUUUUCCACAAGGACGCCGCCCGUCAACUCGUCCUGAGUGGAGCAGAUGUCGAUGCUACAGAUGUGGCGGGACGAAGUUGUCUUUCCUAUGCCGCUGGUGAUGUCGAAAUGACCCGUCUCUUAGUUGAGCAUGGAGCGACGAUGCACGCCGAUGCAAUUUUUGGUGCAAUUAACAAGAAGCAGCCCGAAGUGCUUGAUAUUCUGUUAUCGGCGGGUGUUGAUGCCAACAUUCGAUUCGAGAAGAACGAUAAAGAACCCUGGAAGAUCCAGGGUGGGUUCUUCCAUCAGUUGGAUAGUAGAAAUCUACCAGACGCCGAAUGGUAUCCCUUGCAUCACGCCGCGGCCGUGUCGAGCCAAAACAUUUACGACCAGAAAGACAGGGAGGCACUCCGCGCAACAGGCCUGAGGUUAAUCGACGUCCUCUUGUCGCAUGGAGCAAACCCGUUUGCUACUUUUGUGAAAUGCUCUGGGAAAGAAUGCUACCACCAAAAACUUUUCUCCCGACGACAUGCGGAAGACUUGUUUGGCUCCAGUCGCUUUGGCAAACUGCCCGAUGGAUAUAACGCCACGGCAGACCUGGAGUGCUCUUUCGAACCCCACCUGCACGAGGACUGCGUUGUCCUGCACCAGCUCAUAGCUGACGGACACAUCGUACUCCCCUUCUUAAAGCUGCCAAAUAUCGACGCAAAUCACCGAGACGGCAGUGGUCGAACCCUUCUCCACGCAGCUUGCUCCUCUAGACGAGGUCCCGAUGUGCCGCUAAGUCUGGCCCCCUGGGAUCCAUGGGAUCCCCAGACAUCGACAGAGACGUCUCUAUUCCGCCAUCUCGUCUCCCUCGGCGCGGAUGUGGGAGCGCGGGACGACUCGGGACAGAACGUGCUACACCACAUGCUCAGGUGCCCUUCGGACCGCUUCUACCACUUACCAGCUAUUGACAGAUCACUUGCAUAUUCGCUGGAGAAUCACCCCUCGAUCAUCAACCAGAAGGACAAAGACGGCAAGACGCCGCUGUACUUGGCAAUCGACCGAGCCGUUUGCGACGACAAGAGGACAACAGCAGCCGACGCACUUCUCAAGGCCGGGGCGGACCCUCUCAUCGCAGACAACCAAGGCAACACCGUCCUCCACGUCCUCUCUCGCAUACUCUGGGUCUCCUCCAUGCGGCCCUUCUUCAACAGGCUCAUCGAACUCGGGUGCGACGUCAACGCCCGCAACUCAAGAGGCGAGACGCCACUGUUCUGGUACUAUGCCGGGUUCAGGGGCAACGAGCGCGAAGCUUACAAGCGCCUCUUUGACCCGGAGUCGCGUGCGUACGACGAAAUGUGCGGCAUCUCGUACGACGAAGCGGGCGGCCUCGCGGCGUUCGAGGCGGCCGGCGCGGAUUUUGGUGCCCUGGACAGUGCCGGGCAGAGCCUAUUGCACGUUGCGGCGGAGGGCCACGUCCUCCGCUUCAAGACCCUGACGGCGAGGGGGCUGGACCCCAUGUUGGAGGAUAAUGGACGGAAGACGGCGGUUGAUGUCGCGGCCGCGUGUGGGAAUAAGGGGGUGUUGAGGCUGUUCAGGCGGGUUGAUGCUGUGGACGAUGCCAAAGAUGACAACGACGAUGGAUCGGUUGAUCUGGGCGCUGUUUUCUGCGCUUGA